UUUCAUGAGGGAAUUGGUUGAAAGAUGGAAUGCGACGCACAAUGAAGAAGCAAAGAAUACAUUCACAGAUCUUACUAAAAAGUAUCAAGAAAUUAUCAACAAGAAUGGGGUAUUAUCACACCGUAUGACUGUACGAGCUUCCACUGAAUUUCUACAUACAGUGAUUGAUGGUGUUAGGAGGUUCACAGUGUGUCUUCGAGCUAGGACGUGUACUUGUGGAAGAUUUCAACUGGAUGAGAUACCUUGCGGGCAUGCUAUGGCUGCUAUAGUGUAUAGGCACCAACAUGGAGCGGAAUAUACCUCUGCCUACUACAGCAAUAAGAAUUUCCUAGAUACAUAUGCAAUACCAGUUGUGCCUCUUCCAUGUGAAAGUACAUGGGAUAUACCGAGGCAUGUAAAGGAAGAGAUUGUGUUGCCACCAGAUGGUAAAAGACCACCAGGAAGACCAGCUACCAAACGAAUGAAACCAUUCCACGAGGGGAAAUUUAAGAAAUCAACAGUGACAUGCAGCAGAUGUGGUACAGAGGGCCACAAUAAGAAGACCUGUAGCAAUAAUCCAAAGGGAAAUUAAAUAGUCGACAAUGUUAUGGCGGUGAUAUUUUUUUUAUGACAGUAGAAACUCUGUUUUUUUUCUUUUUUAGUAACAGUAGAAACUGACUCUGUUUUUUUUUUUUAGUAACAGUAGAAACUGACUCUGUUUUUUUUUUUUUAGUAACAGUAGAAACUGAGUACAAUUUUAAUAAUAAUAAUGUUGAAAAGUUGAUAUGAAUUUGGUUAUCAACAUUACGUGUUUGGUUUUGGUUGGCUAUAAUAAAAUCUUAUAGUUUGUCUGCAAUAUGUAUGGUUACUGUAUGACUAAUGUAUUUAACAGGCUGAUGUAUUGUGGUAAAUAUGUCAGAGCUCACAUUACCUGUGGUUUGUUGGUGGACUCACUGGCUUUCACUUGUAUCUAA